AUGCAGCCCAUCACCCUUUAUUCCCACCAAUUCGGCCCCAAUCCUUGGAAGGUCGCCCUCAUCCUCGAAGAGCUCAAGAUUCCCUAUACCACCCAGUUUGUCGACUUCACCAAGGUCAAGGAAGAGCCUUACACUCUGAUCAAUCCCAAUGGCCGUCUUCCUGCUAUUGAAGAUCCCAACACUGGCAUCAAGCUCUGGGAAUCCGGCGCCAUCACGGAAUACCUGAUCGAGAAAUACGACACCAACCAUCAGAUCAGUUACUCUUCCUUCCCUGAGCGAUACCACACCAAGCAAUGGCUGCACUUUCAAGUCUCUGGUCAGGCUCCUUACUACGGGCAGGCUUCCUGGUUCCAGAAAUUCCAUCCAGAGAAGAUCCAGAGCGCAAUUGACCGAUACCGCAACGAAAUCCACCGGGUGUGCAGUGUUCUCGAAUCGGUUCUGAAGCAUCGCCACUGGCUGGUUGGCGACAAGUGCACCUAUGCUGAUCUGUGCUUUAUUGCGUGGCAGCGCUGGGCUCCUCGAUUUGGAGGAGAGGACAUCUACGACCAGUUCCCUCAUGUGGGUGCUUGGAUGAAGCGAAUGGAAGACAGACCGACUGUGCAGAAGGUCUUUGCUGACCAGGACCGGGCUAUGGAGGAGGCACAGAGCUAA